AUGGCGGCGACGGCUACGACUAUGGUGUUGAUGGCGGUGAAGGAUUUUAUCGUCGACCUAAGAGAUUGCUUCCCUGAGCAUUUAUGGGUUCGUUGGUUCUUCAUGGAGGCGAGCAAACCAAGCUCCAUCCUUCAACUCCGGGCUUAUAAUCUAGGAUAUCGUAGAGCUCAGAAUCGGACAUGGGAGGUGGGGAUCAAGCUCCAGGAUCUAGGAUAUUUAUCUUCUCGGAACAUAUUACUAAUGGAGAUGAUCAAAGGUGCAGACUUUGAUCUGGGUUUUCUCUGGGGAGGCUGA